AUGACUUGCAGGCAACAUCUCCAAAGAUUUCUCGCCUCACUCAUAUUUGUUGCAUCGGCAUGCUCGCAAUCUACUCCUCUGGAUUACACACCAUACCAACCCCUUUCGGCAACACCAUUGGUAGCGAACAGCGGCAUGUUCUUAUGGCCACAGCCCGGAUCCGUAGAGCUCUAUGAGGUCGGAUCGAUGAUGAAUAUAUCCUGGUCGUCUAAGUUCUCGCGAGUGAACCUUUGGCUUGUACCAAACUCCGACGGCAAUACCUAUCCAUUGCUGUCGAAUACUUCUUCAGUCAACUUUGAAUGGAUAGUCCAGUGCCUUGGAGACUGUCAGAUUCCUUGGCUCGUACGUGCGACCGACGCCGAAAGCGACGCCGAAGCGCAGAUGAACAGCGGAUUCAUCUCAACAGAAUUUCGAAUCAUGCCUGCCGGCGAGAACAGCACGAGUGCGAGUAGUGGCCCAGCGAGCACAGGCCCGACCAGCACGAGCACGACCAUGGUCAGAAUUACAAGAACAAUCACACCAAGGUUGACCAUCACGCUUAACAGCACGACGGCCAGCACUGGUACAACUACUGCGACCUCGGACAGGUCCGCGAUAACGGAGACAACGUCUGUCAUGACCACAACAGCUUCGAGUACUCCGGCCAUGACAGCUUCGAGAACCCCGGAGCCGACGACAACGCCUCUAACGCAAGGUGAAAGUUCGACAACAACAUCAGCGCAGCAGACUGGAAAUGCGGUAAAGGGCGUUGAACUUGUUGUGGGGAUAGCGGUAGCAGCCGCCGUUGGAGUAGUGAUCGGCUGGCAUCCAUAG